GUACUUCCGGAGUUUAGGCAGAAUGGCAUCCCAAGCAAAACGUGUCAAGUUGAGCGGUGAUGAUCGCACUAGCAAGUUGUCUAAUCUGAAGUCCACUGGAUGGUCAGAGGUGGAUGGCAGAGAUGCUAUUUAUAAAGAAUAUUUAUUCAAAGAUUUCAAUCAAGCUUUUGGUUUCAUGAGCCGUGUGGCACUAAAAGCUGAGAAGAUGGAUCACCACCCUGAGUGGUUUAACGUCUACAACAAAGUUCAGAUAACACUAAGCACACAUGACGUAGGCGGACUCUCUGAUAAUGAUGUAACAUUGGCACAAUUCAUCGAAUCUGUUGCCGCUACAGUGCCAGAGAAAUAGAUAGCGC